AUGGAUUUCUUAAAUAAUCCCAUCGUCUUUUUUCGAAGACCGGGGCGCUUUUCUCUGGACAAGUUUCUUUCUGGAUUGGACAACGGGUCGACUCUCUUGUUAAUCAAGAAGAAUCGGCCCGUGGUUACAAUCCGAAGGGAUUUGUCCGCUCAUGAGUUCACCGUGCCCUCCGUCCCGGAGUCCCAGGAGGAGGCGCUCGGUGAACCGUGCGGUCAGCGGGAGAGAGAGACUGAGGACGCCGAGGUUCAGAGCUCGGUGAGCGGAGCCGCCGCUCCUCAGACUCCUGCGGUCCAGACAGCAGAGGAAGCCUGUCCAGAUGAGAAGGCCAUGAUUGAGGAUGAAGACUUUGAAGAGGAGGCAUCAGAGUCUUCAUCCCAUCAUGAGCUUUCUUCCGUGUCUGGUUCAGGCUCAGACUCCAGCUCUCUUACCAAAGGGAGUUCCUCUGUUGUUGUUGACGGUAGUGGGGACGAGACCCUCGCCAUCCAACCAGCAGCAUGUCUGCCGUGGAUCGGUCGGGUGGUCUCGAGAGCUGACCUUACGCCACCAGCUCCCAGGAAAGGUUUUCCGCAGUGGAGUGAUCUGUGGUACACCGUGGACCUCAACGGAUCCCGUGAGAAGUCCACAUCUCCAAAGUCAGUCUGCACACAUCAGGAGGAUACAGAGACUAAAGAUCUGAAGGCGAGGGCGGAGAUUUUAGUCUCUGAAUUGGUCCGGUUCUCCGGAUGUGGUUCUGUUUCUGCAGAAUUCCGAUUUAAGGUAGGGCAAAUGUUGGUGAGCUUUGCCCUGACCUCUGAGGCGGCAUGCACUCUCGCGAGGGAGACAUUGGACCGGGAAAUGCUCCGUCUACGCAAAGAAGAGAGUUCACCUCAGACAUUGAUUCACCUUUACAGGUUCAUAAAGAGGUUUCCCAUGAUAUUGACACGUCGGGCUCCUUCAUCUUCACAGGUAAAUUUAAAUCGAAGCCUUUAGCAGAACUUGUGUUAAUUUCAAUUUGUUUUAAUAUACGUGUAUUUAAUCUUCAGGAUGAGAUUGAGCCGACACCAAAGAGGGCCAGACUCUAUGGGCUGUCGGCUCGGGUCACGCCUCCUCAGGGCCAGACGCUAUCGUCCUUUUAGCAAAUUAAAGUAAAUAUUGCAGAGGUCAAUCGUUCUUCUGUUUCUCAACCUUCAUCUAAUCACAAUCAGAAAAUGCGGCAAGUGCCUCCUCCCGUCUCUCCUCCUCGUCGCUCUUGCAAGCGUCCGGCUCCUUGUACUUCACAGGAAGUAUCUGAAGGCAUGGUCUCCAUUUAUUUAUUUUAUUUGAAGGAAAAAAAAGGGGAACAAUACAUAUUAAUGAACAUUUUCACAAUGUAAAUAUGCCAGAUUGUAGCCUUAGGCUAAUUUCCAUCUGCAGACCCCUUGGCAGAUUGAUGUUACAUGCCAGUUAAUAAAUACAUAUAAAACACUAUACAGUCUAUUUACAAAAAGACAAGGACAAAAACAGUGAUCACGUCAUAUUAAAAGGACAUAUAGAAAACAGGAAAGCAUCAACUAUACCACAAAUUAUACCCUACUUCCUAUUUAUAGUCUCCAUGAAGAAAAAAAACAAGACUUGAUGGGUUUUUCAAAAAAAUAAGUCAAGAAGAGAAGCCCCAACCUCACCUCCACAAACCCCAUCACCAUAAGCAGCAAAAAAAUAAAGAGAUGAAUAUUUUUUAAUCAAAAAUUGAUUGAUUGUUAUUUGUGAUUGGACUGAAUACUAUACAUUUAAUUAUGUUUAUUAUGAAUAUAUCUCCAAAUA